AUGCCUCCAAGGCGUGUAAAGGGAGAGCCUCCAAAGGAUGGAUUCGAUUUUAUGCUCUCUCAAGCUAGCAACUCAAGCGCAUCGGAUGAUCAUGCAGCCUUAGAAAUGGCUAUGGCAGAAACUUUCAGGGGUAUUCUACUUUCUCGAUAUUCUGCCCGUAGAUUCAUAAUUUUGUCUCUAAAUGCCCUAGCCUCUGCGGAGAAGAGGAAGAAAGAACAUCAACAAAAAAUUCUGGUAGCCAUCAAGAAACAUAUCAUGAAAGAGAUAUCCGGCUCUGUCGAAGAAUUCAACGUUGCGGUUCAGGCUAUUGAUGAAUUACUUGAAGCUUUCCUUAUCAGCCACGCAACUGAAGAGGACAACAUUCGGAAAAUAUGGUGCGAGAUUAUUAAUGAAGAAGAGAAAUUGCAAGCCUUUAUUCAAAAAUGUCGCUCAGAUAACGUAAAUGCGCGUGAAUCAGGCGGAGCCCUUCGGGGCAAGGGUAUGGCGAAAAUCCAGACCGUUUGUCAGGGUAAGGACCUCCAUAUUUGA